UUUAGAAGGGAGCGCACUUCCGGUGCCCUUUCUCCCGCGAGCACCCGGGGUCCGGACCCUCGUGUUGGAGGGUGCGAUCCGUAAACUGGAGAGCUGUAGAGGCGGGCCGGCACCCCCUUCGGACCACUGGUGCCGCCGGCCUCAGGACCGAACAUGGCCCAGAACUUGAAGGACUUGGCGGGACGGCUGCCCUCCGGGCCCCGGGGCAUGGGCACGGCGCUGAAGCUGCUGCUGGGGGCCGGCGCCGUGGCGUACGGCGUCCGCGAGUCGGUGUUCACGGUGGAAGGAGGGCACAGAGCCAUUUUCUUUAAUCGGAUCGGAGGCGUGCAGCAGGACACCAUUCUGGCCGAGGGCCUUCACUUCAGGAUCCCCUGGUUCCAGUACCCCAUCAUCUAUGACAUUCGCGCCAGACCCCGAAAAAUUUCCUCCCCCACAGGCUCCAAAGACCUGCAGAUGGUGAACAUCUCCCUGCGGGUGCUGUCCAGACCCAACGCCGCGGAGCUUCCCAGCAUGUACCAGCGCCUGGGGCUGGAUUACGAGGAGCGCGUGUUGCCGUCCAUCGUCAACGAGGUGCUCAAGAGCGUGGUGGCCAAGUUCAACGCCUCCCAGCUGAUCACCCAGCGGGCCCAGGUGUCCUUGUUGAUCCGACGGGAGCUGACAGAGAGGGCCAAGGACUUCAGCCUCAUACUGGAUGAUGUAGCCAUCACUGAGCUGAGCUUUAGCCGAGAAUACACGGCUGCUGUAGAAGCUAAACAAGUGGCCCAGCAGGAGGCCCAGCGGGCCCAGUUCUUGGUGGAAAAAGCGAAGCAGGAACAGCGGCAGAAGAUCGUGCAGGCCGAGGGUGAGGCUGAGGCCGCCAAGAUGCUGGGAGAAGCUCUGGGCAAGAACCCAGGCUACAUCAAGCUGCGCAAGAUCCGGGCAGCCCAGAACAUCUCCAAGACGAUCGCCACAUCACAGAAUCGUAUCUAUCUCACUGCUGACAACCUCGUGCUGAACCUACAGGAUGAAAGUUUCACCCGGUGAGAGACAUGGCCUUCAGGUGG